GUGUGUGUCUGAUAAUGAGCUACAAGUGGCAGAGGCAAGACCAAUAAGCCUUUCCAGCACCUCCCAGGAAAAAAAAAAUCUAUUUGCACAGGACAGAAAUGUAUAUAAAGCCCUAGAAGAAGCUGAUGUUGCCUGUGAAUCGACAGGUAGUGAAGCUGCACACAAUGCCUCCAGCACUGAGACUCUGAGCACUGCCUGAAUGAACAUCUGGAUUACUGGCUGAAAAACCAGCUUUAGUGUUUUUUUGGAAUUUGUGGAAGUGAAUAUUCAGCUAAACCUUUCCAGUUACCCAGCUUAUUGUUCCUGCAUUAUUUAUACUAUUUAAAAAAACAUGACUUGGAGAAUUUUAUUUUUUUAAUUACUAUUUUACCAAUAUUUGCAGCCUUUUGUUUUGAGAAAAUCUCUUUUUAUUUACUCCAUGUCAAGUAUAUUCUGCUGGUUUUGGAUAAAUUGACUUGUAGCUGAGUCACUUAAACCAUGUGCACACAUCUGGCUGCCACCUCUCUGCUUGCUUUGGAUCUGCUGCUUCUCAUCCCUAAUUUGUGUUCCUCCUUACAGGAGGUUGUGGUUAUCCCCAAAAAGCUGGAUCCUGACUUAAAUGGGAGAUAUUAUUUAAAAAAAGAAAAUGAUAAUGCCAAGGAUUUAGGGGUCAUUUUCCAAAUCACAGCUUUUCAUGAGGAUUUCUACCUUAAUUUGAUUCCUGAUGCACAGUUUAUUGCUCCAGCCUUUUCUAUGCACUUUCCUGGUUCUAACCCCAAACCAUCACCAAGUUUAAGUCAUUGUUUCUACUCAGGGGAUGUCAAUUCAGACCGUGAUUCUUUUGCUGCAUUAAGCCUUUGUGGAGGACUGAGGGGUGCUUUUGGCUACCAAGGGGAGGAAUAUAUAAUCAACCCUUUAAAAAAUUUCACUAGAGACCAAUUGCAAAGUAGCCACCAGGGGCCGCACCUGCUACAGCGCAGAAAAGGACAUUUGAAGUCAGUAGAUGCCACUUCCAGGUGUGGAGUUGGUUCUGGUUUAAAUCAAGGUAUUAUGGAAGCUCUAACCAAAUACAAGGGCUCUCACAAUAAAAAGCAUUUGAAUGGCACCAAGUUAAAAGGCAGUCACCGGUCCCGCCGGUUUGCAUCCAUAACUAGGUAUGUGGAGACGUUGAUUGUAGCUGAUGAGACAAUGCUCAAGUUUCAUGGUGAUGACCUUCAGCACUACCUGCUCACCUUGAUGGCCACAGCAGCUCGAUUAUACAGACAUCCCAGUAUUCAGAAUCCAAUCAACAUUGUCGUUGUGAAAUUUAUGGUGCUGACUGAUGAUGGGAAGGGUCCAAAAGUUACAACCAAUGCCGCCAUGACACUGAGAAGUUUUUGUGGGUGGCAGAAGAAAUGGAACAAAGUAAGCGACAAGCACCCGGAGUACUGGGACACGGCGAUCCUCUUCACCAAAAUGGAUCUGUGUGGUGCGUCUACCUGUGACACAUUGGGAAUGGCAGAUGUUGGGACCAUGUGCGAUCCAAAACGUAGCUGUUCUGUAAUUGAGGAUGAUGGCCUUCCUUCUGCUUUCACUACAGCACAUGAGCUCGGUCAUGUUUUUAACAUGCCUCAUGAUAAUGUAAAAGUCUGUGAAGAGACAUUUGGAAAACUAAAGGAAAAUUUUAUGAUGUCGCCAACGCUUAUACAAAUUGACAGAUCCAACCCCUGGUCUGCAUGCAGUGCAGCCAUCAUCACAGACUUUUUGGACAGUGGGCAUGGAGAAUGUCUUCUGGAUGAACCAGCAAAACCCAUUUCCUUGCCAGAAGAAUUGCCAGGUGUGAGAUACAGCCUUAGUCGACAGUGUGAGCUGGCAUUUGGCCUGGGUUCUAAACCAUGCCCUUACAUGCAGUACUGUACUAAGCUGUGGUGCACUGGAAGGGCACGGGGGCAGCUGGUAUGUCAAACCCGUCACUUUCCUUGGGCUGAUGGAACAAGCUGUGGGGAUGGAAAGUUCUGUCUGAAUGGUGCUUGUGUGGAAAGGCACAAUGUGAAUCGAUAUAAGGUGGAUGGAGCAUGGGGGAAAUGGAGCCCGUAUGGUCAAUGUUCCCGGACUUGUGAGGGGGGAGUACAACUAGCCAAAAGAGAAUGCAACAACCCCGAACCCUCUAAUGGAGGCUCCUUCUGUGAGGGACUAAGAGUGAAAUACAGGUCUUGUUCACUUAAUCCUUGCCCUGAAACUGGUAAAAGUUUCAGAGAAGAACAAUGUGAAGCUUUCAAUGGAUUCAAUCAUAGCACAAACCGUUUAACUCAUACAGUAGGAUGGGUUCCAAAAUACUCAGGUGUCUCCCCAAGGGAUAAGUGUAAGCUUAUAUGCAGGGCCAAUGGCACUGGAUACUUCUAUGUGCUGUCUCCAAAGGUAGUUGAUGGGACACCGUGUUCUCCUGAUACCACAUCUGUCUGUGUACAGGGAAAAUGUAUUAAAGCUGGCUGUGACGGACAACUUGGCUCAAAGAAAAAAUAUGACAAAUGUAGAGUUUGUGGAGGUGAUAAUAAAAGCUGCAAAAAGAUAUCUGGUCUCUUUACCAAACCUAUACAUGGCUAUAACUUUGUGGUGACAAUUCCAGCUGGAGCCAGUAAUUUGGAUGUACGGCAGCGUGGUUACAAGGGCCUGAUAAAUGACGACAACUACCUAGCAGUAAAGAAUGCACACAGCCGUUAUCUGUUGAAUGGGAAUUAUAUAAUUUCUGCAGGAGAACGGGACAUCACAGUUCGAGGGAGUGUUCUAAAGUACAGUGGUACAGGGACUGCUGUGGAAACAAUCCAGGCGAUCAAUGUAAUUCAAGAACCCCUGACAAUAGAGGUACUAUGUGUUGGAAAAAUGACCCCUCCACGUUUGAGGUAUUCAUUUUAUAUACCCAGAGAAAAGAAAGAUGGAAAAGUUGGACAGGUAAUAAGUAAUAGCCUAGCAGGUCUACCCCCUCCUUUGCCUAGGCUCAAGCCUCAAUCCAACUGGAUAGCAGGUAACUGGGGAGACUGCUCAGUGACUUGUGGUAUUGGACACCAGAUUCGGACUAUUGAGUGUCGCGAUCCAUGGGAACAGCUGGCAUCAGACUGUCAGGCAGCUCAUCGGCCCUCCGAAAGAAGGACCUGUGGUGAUCCUUGCCCAGUGUGGGAUGCUGGAGAAUGGUCAUCUUGCUCAAAGAACUGUGGCCGUGGUUUUAAAAGAAGACAGCUGAGAUGUAGUGCAGAUGGGGGUGUAACACUGCCAAGAGAGCACUGCCAUUUGAAAAGAAAGCCACAGGAGCUGGACUUCUGCUAUAUUCGCCCUUGCUGACUCAUGUUAGGAGAAUGAAAAUACAUUUUUCGGACAGUUGGAAUCUGGAACCAGUUUCUGCUGCUCUGAAUAUAUAAAGAUGUGUCAAAUAUAAGGGUUCAAAAACUAAGGAGCCAGUGUACUUAUGGAAACAAAAUAUACUUUGCAUCGACUAAGAUACUGGUGUUAACACAAGAGACUCUUGACAAAAGCCCUGGAUUAUGCUUUGCACUUUUCAUUUGUUUGUCUGUUACAUGUUUUUUUCUGAUCUUAUGUACUUGACAAUCUCGAAUUGUAUAUAUUAUUUACUGGUAAAUAUUUUGUGGACCUUUCCCACAGAGUUAGCAAUGUAGCCAGAAGGUGCUUGACAUUAGCUUUUACAUUAGUGAAGAAUUUAAAUUGUAGAAGAAACUGUUUUCUUUGCCUUUGUUUAUAAUCUGGCCACAAUCCAAUCCUUUUGUAAUAUACUGUAUUUAAUAAGUAGCAAAAGGUCAAUGAUUUUUUACCAGUGUUCCUCAUGAAUUUAUAUUCAGGGAUUUUCUGGCUAUAUUUUUAAACUGAUAUGGAUCACUUUUAAGGUCCCAUAAUUGUAUGGCUAUUAGCACAUGGCCAUAUGCAAUAUUGGCUAUCAAUAGUACACUAUACAGGUAGGUAAAUUUGGCAUAUGUGAAAGAUAAAAUUAAUUUUCUUUGAUAGAGGUUAAACAAACCUCCUAGUUAAUCUACCUCUAUGUAUCUCCUAGAAAGGAUGAUGGAGAGGAGGGAGGGGCUUUAAUAAUUCAUAUUUCGCAUAAGGUCAGGCCUUAAUGUUUAAACGGAUUGUCACCUUUAAAAUAACUCUUAGUAUGGGGAAGAUUCAUGUAAUUUGAGCAACUUUGCAGCUGGUCUUCAUUUUGUAUGAUUUUGAACUAUGUUCAAUAUCAACUUAGUUGAAUAUUCAACUUAGAAUUUUAGAUGUACUGUAAUGUGAUUGUUGUAGCUCAGUGACUCAAAAGGAACAAAACUAGAUUGCCUUAGACUAGCCAUUUAACGGUUCAACCUCUUGUUUUGUGAAGUCAAUAAAGAGUCCAUGGUGAUCCAUGGUGCAUCAAGGUAUAUUCAUUUGGAGAGGAUCAUAUCAAUUGCAUGAUAUGAUCCUCACCCCAAUGGGAUUUUCCACCCUAAAACAGACACAGUUGUGAAGGCCUUCAUUUUGGCUGAAUCUAUGAUCCAAUAAGGUGCUGAUUUACCAGCCAGUAUUGGUGUAACUGUAUCAGUUACUUUAAUGAAAGUAUCCUGGUACUAAUGAUAAAAAAUUGUCAUAUUCAUACAUAUUUGCAUAGAGGCAAUUAAAUAGUAAUUGUCACGGUCGGACUGGGGGGCCAGAGGCCCGGGGCCCACCAGGGCUACUGACCCAGGGCCCCCCUCCGGGCCACUGCCGCACCGGCGUGUGUGUCGCAUCUCUGCGCCAGCGGGUGCGCUACUUGUCUGCGCAUGAGCGCAGCACCAUGUUUAUACGCAUGCGACCGGCGCCUUGGUUGUGUGCACAAAUUUUUUUUUGCCGCGACCUCCAAUAAAGGGGGUCGCGCCAUUAACAGGCAGAUAUGGGUACGGACCUGGGCCAGCCCAGUCCGACACUGGUAAUUGUGCUUUACAAUAAUUUUGCACAUCUCUAAUGAUAAACAAUACAUUGUACUGUAAGGAUUAAAGAAAAUUCAACUGAGUUAAAUAGUAAAUCUUUCUUGAUUCAUUGUUUUGGGGCUGGGGCAAAAUGCAUGAGCCUUUUUUACUGCCACACAAAUGAUUUUUUUUUUGUAAGUGUGGUUUUAUUUCGCUUUGUUUUCCAACAUUCAAGAGAUUUCUCUUCUUAUUGCAUGACUAGAUUUCAGAGCUCAGUUGCCAUAUUUAAAAAACAUAAUUAUUGUGUAAUACAUUUUGGCCAGUAAACACUGUUCGACUCCUUAAAUUAUAUCAACCAAAGUGUUUCAUGUUACCAGCGAUCUGGAAAACGACCAAAGUCAGAAAGCAAUUGUUGCUAUAAAUGAGAGAUUGUGUGUUCAUUUAUAUGUAUAUACAGUAUAAUUGUGUAUAUUUCUUUUUUUCACUCUUUUUUAAAAUGCAAAAGAAAAGCCAA